CAAGCCUUCGUUUUCUUCAUCCAGGACGUCCACAUGCAGCAUCUUCACCUGGAGGUGAAGGACAAUAACCGGCAGUGUGCUCUGGGGAUGUUGGACUUUCCUCUCCAUCGUGUCCUCGAGAUGGACGGUCUCACUGCAGAUCAGAGGUUUCCGCUCUCCAACUCCGGCCCCAACAGUUUCAUCAAGAUGAAGGUUGUGCUGAGGAUUCUGCACAUAGAGGACCCGGACCCCGACAGCGUCUACGCGGGGAUCAAUUCCCUGAAACACGGCCCGGUCUCCAUCAGGCGGGCCAAUCCAGACAAACCCCACGGGAAGCCCCAGAGCACGUCCAACGCCCCCCAGAAUCAGGUCCACUGCAUUCCGCAGAACACGGUGGCCCCGCAGCAGCAAAAGGUGGCCCCGCAGAAGCACAAGUUGGUCCAG